UUGUGUGACCUGUAAAUCCCGCAAGUCUCAAUAUGUGGACAGCUGAAUCUGGGGUUGUACAGUUAGCGCGUAAAUAAACAAUCUCGUCAGUUUACCGUAAUAAUGUCGUCUAAGGCAAACGUAGUCUUAGAGACUUUGGUUAUUGCUUUAAUCUAUUUCAGCGUAGUAGACUGUGACACAUGUCCAGCAGACAGCUUUGCAAACUCCUUAGCAGCUGACCAAUUUAGUUGUGCGAAGAAGUGGUUGCCGGUCAAGCAGCUUCAUUGGACGAAGAAGAAAAGGAUACUGGUAACCGGUGGUGCCGGUUUUGUUGGCUCUCAUUUAGUUGAUAAAUUAAUGCAAGAUGGUCAUGAGGUUAUAGCUCUUGACAAUUUUUUCACAGGAAAACGACAUAAUAUCGAACAUUGGAUUGGACAUAGUAAUUUUGAACUUUUACAUCAUGAUGUUACCAAUCCUAUAUAUGUGGAAGUGGAUGAAAUUUACCAUUUAGCUUCACCAGCGUCACCUCAACAUUAUAUGCAUAAUCCUAUACGUACUAUUAAAGCAAACACAUUGGGUACUUUAAAUAUGUUAGGAUUAGCUCGUCGUACAAAUGCCAAAUUUUUAUUCGCUUCUACUUCAGAAAUUUACGGCGGAAUACAAAUGUCAGUCAAAAGCUCAAUCUUGGAACAUCUAGUUAAUUCUGGCCAUUCCUUUUCACCACAAUCCCCUUUCGAAAUUAUACAUACAAUCAGAAGAGUCCGCUCAAAAAGAAUGCAAAUAAAAAACUUAUGUAUAACAGAGGCUAUUAUUAACCACUAAUUCAAGACUAACGUUUGCUUACAAAAAGAGUAUGUCCAAUCCCUCAUUGUUUCAUGGUCUUAACCUUCCUUUGUAUCUUCCAUAAUCUAUGGUUUUUUUUUAAAAAAAAAGACUUUCUACUCCUUUUCAAUUUGAAUAAUGCUCCAUAAAGGUAACCAAUUACAUGAAAUUUCUAAAGAGUCGCCUCCUUUCCAAUCAUUUUCACACCUAUUAAUUAGCCAUUAUUAUAACUUUUAAUUAUUUUGUUCUUAAUAGCUAUCAAGUGAAGAAUCAUCUUCACUUAAGCACUUCUCACUCGGCAAUUUUUACAUAACAUCCUAUCUGAUUUUCGUAGAAGUUUGUUCUGAUAAUGUUGUUCAGAAGAACAAUGAAAGCUCCACGACCAAACCAUCCAGUUCAGAGAACAAAACUCCAUCAAAAUCAUUUACCUGAGUUACAAAUCUUCUCAACUACCACAUCAAAUUUUCUUUUUAAUAAUUAUUCAACACUAUUCUAUUUUACUAUCGACUACUAUUUUUUAUAAAGAAAAUUCACUAUGAAGACGAUCAUACAGCUUAGGUAAAUGAAAUAGUAGGAAAGUUUUCUUCACUAAAUUACAUUCAUGUAAUAGUUUUGGAAGUAAUAAGAAUAAAUAAUAGGAUAAAUGCAAAAGCCUACUGUCUUCUGUAUUACCAUUUACAAUACUAGGAGAGGUGUUAAGACCGUGGAAGAAUAAGAGAGAUUGAACACUGCUCUUUUCUUCACAGAGGUCAGGUUUGAAAUAAUGAAUUACUGUUUGCUUUGUACAAUCUUUUUUGCAUUUGUAAAAUUGAAUAAAGAAAGAAUAAAUAUCUUAGCAGAAUAACAUGAAUUCAUUUAUUUCGUGAAUCUUCGUCAGCUGCUUACAACUGAAAACCAUAGGAAUAAUAAGUAAAACGAAAGUGUAAAUGCUUUACAUCGGAAAAGUCUUGAAUUAAUUGAGUUAACAUACAGAGAUAGAAUGUAGUAUGGGAAUUUUGUUCCAAACCGAAGAUAGAUACUUAACACUAGUUGAACAAAGCCCAGAUAUUAGAAAUUACAAUCAUAGUUAUAAGAAAAAUAAUUUCAAGUGUAAGUUUAUUCCCCAUCCAAACUUUCUUUGAUCCAGUCCUUUUAACUUUAUAGACGACCUUGAAUGACGAUUCUCAUGACGAUAUGCAACUAGAUUUGGUCGUGUGUUAAGAGAUUGAGCUGUUUCAGCCGAGCACUAUCCUGCAUAGCUAUUUAAAGGAAAAGAAAUCCCAGAAUAUCAAAGUUGGUUUUCUGUACUGAUUAGGUAAUUUCUUAUGGAGCUCCUUGGGAGAUCUUACAAAUACCCUUGACUGUGGCCUGAACCUUAUAAAGUACUCUCGAUAUUUCAGAUAAAGUUUACAUCAGGAUACUUUUCUUGUAAUUAAACUUUCAUACCAUGUCAUACUCACUACAUAGUUGUAAAAGAGAUAUGAUUAUGCAUUUUAAAUUUCAUACAAACUGGUGCAAGUUAUGUAUUGUCGGAUUUUGAUUUUCUCACAAAGUAGUAUUAUCUUUCAUACUAUAAAUUACACACUCAAUAUACUAGCUUAUGUAAGCGUAUUAGUACUCCACUUUCAUUGUGUUUUUUUCUUUUCCACAAUCAAAGAUCCUGAAGUUCACCCUCAACCUGAAUCCUACUGGGGUAAUGUAAAUCCAGUUGGUCCAAGAGCUUGUUAUGAUGAAAGUAAACGACUUGGUGAAACAAUGACUUAUGCUUAUUUUAGACAUCUUAAUCUUCCUGUUAGAGUUGCUCGUAUAUUCAAUACAUAUGGACCAAGAAUGCAAGUUAAUGAUGGUCGAGUGGUAACUAAUUUCAUUGCACAAGCAUUAAACAAUGAAUCGAUUACGGUAUAUGGGUUAGGAGAACAAACUAGAUCUUUUCAGUAUAUCAGCGAUCUUGUGAAUGGUCUUGUAGCUUUAAUGGAAUCCAAUUAUACAAUGCCUGUUAAUUUGGGAAAUCCUGUCGAGUUUACAGUGAAUGAAUUAGCAAUCAUGGUCAAGAAUUUUACAGACAGCAAAAGUGAUAUAAUUUAUCAACCGUUACCAAUUGAUGAUCCUCAGCGAAGACAACCUGAUAUAAGUACAGCUAUAAAACAGUUAAAUUGGAAACCGACAGUAACUUUACAAGAAGGACUAAGUAAAACUAUAAUUUAUUUCAAAGAUAUUUUAAAACCAUCAUCUGAAUGUGACGUGCAUUAGAUAACUUCAAGGAUCAAGAUUUACAUAAUGUUGUUACACUGUACACCAUUAUGAAUGUUGAUUUCUUUUCAAAUUAAAAUUUAGUUUAUUAUGUAUCUUGAUGUAAAGUGUCUCUUUUUUUUCUUGUAUAUUAAUUGAUAAAAAUAUAAAUAUUCUGAUUGGAUGGUAUUUGUCUUAUGCGUACAUGUUCUUGAUCUACACAUUAUGUGAAGGUUUAGUGUUAGGGGCGGCCAAACCAAAACGUGGCAUCAGUGCUUGAAGUCACUAACUUUUAGUCUGAGCCAUGUUGGGAGAUGCAGACUACUUGGUUGGGGUCCGCGUAACUAUCGUAACCAAUG